CUGACCCCGCUCCACAUUCUCGCUGGUGUCUUCAGACACAACAAAGAGGGACAACAAAACAUGUCCGAGUACGUAACGGUUCACAAAAUGAACAGGCUAGCUCGCUAACCGCACAAUUAGCCACGGUCACCUACAGUCGACCUUACAGAGUCCACGAUCCGAUCGUCUGCUAUAUGUUUCCCGUCGUGCUAACGGCCAGCAACCCAGGAAGAUGCCACAGAAAACACUGGGAUCCAUUGUAGGUCUGCUUUGCACCGGGACCUGUCUGGUGCAGGCAAAAGAGUUCUGUUUUGGGGUAAACAAUGAGCAGUAUCGCUGUGAGAUGGGGUACUGCUGCGGGGAGACGGAGUGCUGCACAUACUACUACGAGCUGUGGUGGUUCUGGCUGGUGUGGACCCUGAUAAUUAUGCUGAGCUGCUGCUGCGCCUACCGACACCGGAGGGUAAAAAUGCGUCUACAGCAGGAGCAGCGACAACGUGAAAUUAGUCUCAUGGCCUACCAGGGAGCUUCCAGCUCCUUCAUCUCCCCUCCACCACUCAGUCUAAGGUUUUGGAAUGACUGCAAGCUUCCGGACUAUGAAGAGGUGGUAGGCCAUCCCCCGACACCACCGCCUCCUUAUUCUGAAGUUCCCACUGAGGCUACUCCAGCACUCCCUCCACAAGCCAGCCAGUCAGAAGCUGCCGUAGUGCUACAAGCCCCGGCGGAAGAGGAGCCCCGAGGGGAACCUGAAUCCUCUGGGCCAUCAGGAGAUCAGGAAGCAGCGUCAGCACCCAGCCAAGCACAGUGUGUAGUAGAGGAUGCGGAGCCUUCUUUGUUGGCAGCAGAAGAGGAUGAGGAGCUUGUUACUCGGCGCCGGCAUGUGACAGGCGACUCAGGGAUUGAAGUGUGUGUGUGCCAGGUGGAUGUAGAUGAGGGCUCAGGGCUUGAAGAGGAGAGUGACGAGGAGCAGCGGGUGUGCCAGGGUGCUGGAGGGGAGUGCUGCUCCAGGCAUCAGCAGCAGACCUUCAGACAUAAAGAGCGCACCCCUGAGGCACCCAGCCAGACCCCCAGCACCAGCACUGGAGACCACAUGGUCUGAUCUCAAGCCUACCAACCAACUAACCAGCCAACCAGUCUGGCUUUCUGCUUCACAAGGGGAUAACAAGAGCUGCCGUCAUCAUCAUCACCACCGCGGUCACUGUCUGUGUUUUAGUUGCUUUAACUGUCACAUGGACCUGACUUAAAAAUGAUGAUGAUGAUGAUAACUAACCCUAGGCUCAUGAGUACGCAAGAUGAAUAAUUCAACAUGUGGGUAAUUUUUUAAUAUCUUUGGAUGGCUCUUCUUCUUUUGCUAUAUGGGGCAACCAACAAACAUAUGUUGAUGCUUUUGCUUGGAAUGGGUAGUAUUAGGUGAGAGACCUCCGUUUGGCAGUGAGAAGAUGGAGUGGUGAGUGAAUGUGACUUAAAGCAGAACUGUCUGUUUCCCCCCUAGCUCCUACUCUCCUUAACCACUGCCGUCCCUGUUCUCUUCUGUCUUGCUACUCUCCUUUGUCAGAACAUUUCUGGACAUCCCUCUGUCUGUUAUUUUACCUCUGGUGGGACGGCCAGCUAACAGCAUACCGAGUCAACAACACCCCUCCUCCCCUUUUCCCCCACAACCACUAAUUAGAGGUCAGAAACAAACCUCUUCAGACCUAAGACUAAAGAAUGAUACUGGACAGUUCAACAGCAGCACACAUUUUUGUUCUAAGGCUUUAUGUGUAUAUAUAUAUAUAUGUGUGUGCGCGUGUGUGUAUGUGUGUGUGUGUGUGUGCGUGUGUGUGUGUGUGGGUGAAUGUCUGUAAAAUCUAGGGCACAGCUGCAUGGUGAUGUCAGCUCUGAGGUCAUGGCAGCCAGUGUCUAGGGUCUUCUGGUGAAGUCUAUGGGAUGUUUUGCAUCCAGAGUGGGGGAGAUCAUACAUAACAUAGCAGACUAGAGGAACAGCAAAAUGUCGUCUCUUCCUGGCUCUCUAGAGCUGGUUUGAAUACCACAACCUCCCCACCUCACUUAGCCUCUCUUCCCGUUUCUCUUUUUGAUACCAUUAAUCUGGUCAGCUCAGCUCUGUGGUCAGCACUUAGCUUCACUGCGGGCUACUGAAUGAUCGCCUUCAGUGGGACUACACUAUGCAUUUGUGCGUGUACGCGAUCUCUCCACUUUUGAUGCAUGGCUGCAUCAAAUUGAAGUCCAUUAGCCAAAAGAGACAUUGUGCCAGGGCUGUGCCACAAAAUACAAAGCCUCAUGGUGGCCGUGUGUUAGUUUGUGUGAUUCAAUGUUUAAUGCCAUAGUGUGUAGUGGCAUCAACAUCAUUUUGAAGGACUGUAUGCUCCUCAUUCUACAGAUAAGUGUGUAGUUGAGACACUCUUGGCGUAUGAUGAUUUUGCUUUUUUUCUUUUAAUUUCAAGCCCUUUUCUGCUUUAAUAAAUGCCACAAUAACCACAUUUUAAUGGCAACAAAGCCCCUGAGUAGGGGAUGCUAGAGUGUAACUAGUGAGUGUUGAAAGUUUUAAUGCAGUAUGAAAGGGUGAAGUCUUUAUAUAGUGUGUACAUCUUCAAAGUGCCCAAGCCUCUGGUGGAAUCAUCCACUCAUCACCAGGCUUUAAUACCACUUGAUUAACAAGAAAAAGCACUGGUAUUUUGCAUGAGGCAUGAUUUUCGGUGUGUUUGUGUUUGAGUAGAUUAGCAUUUGUUACAAGCUCAAAAUAGUUGCGUAGGUUGCAGUUAUUUUAAUGAUUUUCAUAUGUUGACCAGCAGUUGUGCCGCUGGCUUUACCCAUAUGUUUAUCACAUAUGACACCGUGCUACAGUGGAUGCACGACUGAGUACCCAGGAGUUAAAGUUGGGGAUUUAACCGAGUUAUAAGGAUAGAUGCCCUGGAUCUGGUUUUGUUGUGGUGUUAUGAUUGUGCAAGCCAUGCUGUGCUGUGUAGCUGGUUAGCUAGUGAUUUCUUGGCUUACUGGGGCCCCUAUAGCACUUGGCCGUGCAAGAGAUUUGCUGUGGUAUUUUCCAUUGGCAGUAGAAAGAGGGUGCACUGUUGAGUAGAAGUGGAUGGGGGCUCUGUUAUGCAGUGCAGCUUGUAUUAGCACAGCUGCGUAUUCUAUUGUGACAAUUGCAUGCUCCUGUGUGAUGCAUGUUGGUUGCUUGGUGGAAGUUAUAGAGCAUACUGGUAGAACAGAUAGGAGAACCAUAAAGGCAGAAUAGAUUUUUAUUUGCUGCUUUUUGGUUUGAAGAGAAAAGAGGUGUGCAAAUCAGUAAAAAAAUUGUUUAGAUAAUCUCUUGAUCCUGUGUGUCAAAAUGAGCGCAAUAUUUGACUCAUUUGAGUUAAACACAUUGUGAAAAGGCAGUCCCUUCCAAAAUCCGGUCCUUCAGGCUGUGAAACAAUACAAAAUUCUUUCAAACCCCAGCGCAGCAAAUAUAUACAAAUAUAUUACCGAGUUUAAUAAAAUGAAUCCCUAUAAGAGUUAAGAUGCAAGAAAGAAUACUUCUCACUUUUUACUGAAGUGGUUAGUCCUAACAGCUUAUUUGAAAUUGCACUGUUGUUUUAAAAUCAGCCCUUAGAUCAGGAUUUAACCUAUAAAUAUGUUUAAGGCUUCAUAAGUGAGUUACAUGCUACCAGGUAUGAUGAAGCUAAUGACCAAGCAGCUGACUCAGAGAAGGGCUUUUGGGAAAGAAUACAGUUGUGAUUUGGGAUUAUAACAGGUUUGAGGCGGUAGUGGUAAUUUUUUUGUCCCCGUGCUGCAGCAGGUGACUUGAUAGGAAAGCCAUAGUCAGCAUGGCAGUGAAAUACGUUCUGAAGAUCUGUGUCACUGUGAAAAUGACCACACACACGUUAGAACAUAAAACUCGAGACAUUUUUUUGAUGAAGACACCUUAAGCUGCCUUUGCUACAUCACUAGAGAGCAGAUUUCUUGAUCAUGGAGCUGCACAAUAAAAAA